AUGGCUGCGCAUAUCAAACCCCUCGUUCUACACGCCCACGCCACGGGACCGAAUCCCAUCAAAGUGGCAAUUGCCCUCGAAUCGCUCAAGGUCCCCUUUGUCGUCAAGCACUGGGACUUCAGCGAUGAUCCUAACACAGGCGUCAAGGGGGCUAUGUUCUUGAAAAUCAAUGAAAAUGGCCGUGUGCCCGCGCUGGAGGACCCCAACACCGGAAUCGUCUCGUGGGAAUCGGGGGCAUGCAUCAACUACAUUCGACGAGUGUACGACAAGGGCAACACGAUCGGGCCGCCGGGCGAUUCGGCACAGGAUCUGGUGGAUUUCGAGAAGUGGGAGUACUUCCUCUUGACGACGCUGGGUCCGAUGACGGGGCAGACGAAUUGGUUCCGACACUACCACCCCCAGAAGAAUGAGGACGCCCUCAAGCGGUACGAGGCUCAGACUUAUCGUUGCUAUGAUGUGCUCGAGGAGCAACUGAAGAAGACUGGGGCGACCAGCAUCUUGGGUGCGCGGGUCACUGCCGUCGAUUACCAUUUUGAGCCUUGGGUAAGACAAUAUUCAUUUGCUGGUCUCUCUCUGGACCGGUAUCCGUUGAUCGCCAAGUGGCUUGGUAUUAUGGAGACUCGAGAAGAGGUCAGAGAGGCCUAUUACAAGAUCAAGGGCUCGAAGUAG